GAAUUACAACUGCCACCUAAGUGUGGGCUCAUGUAACCAACAGGGAUUUUACCUACAUCCAUUCAGUCAGUUUAUGGGGGUUUAAAGAAAUUCCAAAGAGUCAUCAGAAGAGGAAAAAUAAAGGUAAUGCUUUUUGCCACACAGGUAGAAUCUUUGAAAAUAUGUGUAAUAUGUAAAACAUUUUGACACCCCCAUAAAUAUUUUUCCAGAAUUAAGAGUAUAAAUUGCUUCUCUUGUUCAAGUGCUUCCUAUCAGCCUCUGUAAUCACUACUCACAGUAACCUCAACUCCUGCCACAAUGUACAAAAUGCAACUCUUGUCUUGCAUCGCACUGACUCUUGUACUCGUCGCAAACAGUGCACCUACUACUUCAAGCUCUACAAAGGAAACACAGCAACAGUUGGAGCAAUUGCUGCUGGAUUUACGGUUGCUCUUGAAUGGAGUUAAUAAUUAUGAGAACCCUAAACUCUCCAGGAUGCUCACAUUUAAAUUCUACACGCCCAAGAAGGCCACAGAAUUGACACAUCUUCAAUGUCUAGCAGAAGAACUCAAACUUCUGGAGGAAGUGCUAUAUUUAGCUCAAAGCAAAAACUUUCACUUGACAGACAUCAAGGAAUUAAUGAGCAAUAUCAAUGUAACACUUCUGAAACUAAAGGGAUCUGAAACAAGUUUCAAAUGUGAAUAUGAUGACGAGACAGCAACCAUUACAGAAUUUCUGAACAAAUGGAUUACUUUUUGUCAAAGCAUCUUCUCAACACUGACUUGAUAAUUAAGUGUCUCCUAUUUAAAAUGUACCAGGCUAUUUAUUGAAAUAUUUAAAAUUCAUAUUUAUUUUUUUGACAUAUGGUUUGCUACCUUUUGUAAUUAUUAUUCUUAUACUUCAUAUGAUAAAUAUGGAUCUUUUAAGAUUCUUUUUGUAAGCCCUAGGGGCUCUAAAAACUCAAAUUAUUUAUCCCAAAAUAUUUAUUUUUUUAUAUUGAAUGUUAAAUAUGAUAUCUAUGUAGAUCAGUUAAUAAAAUUAUUUAAUAAAGUUGAUGAAUA